CUCUCUUCUCUCUCCCACGGUCGCUUCGUUUCUUCGCCGGUUCCACCUCCUCUCCACCGAGGAAGUGAGAGGGGGUAGGAGGCGCCCAGCCACCGGAGGUCCGGAGGCGAAGGUGCGCGGCGCGCCCUCGGACUCCUCGCUGGACAAAAUGGACCCUGCAUCAGAAGGUUUGUUAGCACAGCAACAGAAGGCAAAUAGUCGAAGACCAGUUGGUAGCUCACAAAUUUGGACAAGGUAUGGUGUUUUGCUUCCAAGCCAGCAGACUCGAAAGCUAAAAGAAUGGGUUCUGACUGAUCAGCAGCAACAGCUUGUUAAUGCUAGUGGUCUUGGACAUCUUGCACUUACCACUGGGUUUACCAUUGAUCGUUCUUUGCUUACAUCCUUUUGUGAGAGAUGGAACAAUGAAACAAAUACUGCACAUUUUAUGGGAUUUGAAAUGGCACCAUCACUUCGUGAUGUUUCAUACAUUCUUGGCAUUCCAGUGACUGGUCAUGUGGUGACUGCAGAGCCAGUUGGUGAUGAAGCUGUGAAGCGAAUGUGCUUGCAUUAUUUAGGGGAGAGCCCUGGAAAUGGAGAGCAAUUAUGUGGCUUAAUUAGGUUGACUUGGUUGUAUAGGAAGUUCAGUCAACUGCCAGAAAAUCCAACCAUUAAUGAGAUCGCAUAUAGCACUCGAGCAUACCUUCUAUACCUGGUUGGUUCCACCUUAUUUCCUGACACCAUGAGGGGAUUUGUAUCCCCGAGAUAUCUACCACUGUUGGCGGAUUUUAGGAAGAUUCGUGAGUAUGCUUGGGGGGCUGCAGCCCUUGCUCAUUUGUACAGGGGAUUGUCUGUUGCAGUAACACCUAAUGCCACAACGCAGUUUCUUGGCAGUGCAACUUUGCUGAUGGCCUGGAUUUACGAGUACCUUCCUAUAACUCAACCACAACAGAAGAACCAGAGCACCUUGCUGCCCCGUGCUUGCCGGUGGAACUUUGGAGGAGCAACACGUGGGCAAAGAAAAAAAGUUAUGGAGUGGAGAAAAGUUUUCGAGCAGCUUCAGUUAUCUGAGGUCAAUUGGAACCCUUACAAGGACAUGAAUCCAGCAAUUGUUCCAGAAUAUUGCAUUGCUGCAGAUAACAUCUGCUACUCCCGGACUUGGCUGAUCAGCUUUAACAUAAAGGAGGUGUAUGUUCCUGACAGGUUUGCUAGGCAGUUUGGAAGGGAACAGGGUCGCCUCCAUGGCGUGCCAAUGUGGGCAAGAAGAACUUGGAGCAAGUGGAAAGACUGGAGGGUUGAGUAUGCUCGUGAGAUUGAGGAGUUCCAUCAAUUGGUUGGCUGCCGUUUCACCCCUUCAGCAGAAACCAAUAUCAACUCCCUACCACCAGAUGAGCCUGUAGCUGGACAGAAUGCUACUGGAUGUAAUCGGAAUACCUCUCAUGACAUUUCUUCAAUGGUUGAAGAUUUGAAGAAUGAUCUCCCAGUAAUUGAUCGAUAUCUUGAGGGACACUUACUUCCUGCAGAGGUUGCAAGCUUCUUAGAGAGGGUGGGCACAAUGAUCAAGAACUACUCCCCACCACAAGGCAAUCGGAGGAAACAUCAAGCAGCUCAGGGGCAAACUGGCCCUGUCAGGUCAAAGAACCCAAGGAAAAGGGGGAAACCUUCACUCUUUCAGGAUCCAUCGAACCCUCAUCAGUAUCCAGGUGCGCUAGUCCCAUAUCAGGCAAGCAAGUGUGACACGGUGUUUGAUGGCACCGUUCCUCUACUAAAUGGGGGUGAGGAGUUCAAAGAACACGAGGCCAUGGAGCCAUGGCAAAUCUCCCAUUUGACAAUGACCCCUUCGUCCUCAUCUCUAGAUUCAAGCUCACCAGAAUCAAUGAAGCAGGGUCAGCAAGAUGGGGAUGAAACUCAAAUUCCAAGGGACACAGAUGACCUCCGAAGGAGUGGAAGGCUAUGCGUGCAGCUGAAAAUGUUCAAGCACAGGGAUGGAGUGGAUGUCGAGGCAGCUAAUCCAAUUUUCCUCUGAUGAAGACUACCAUCUCUUGGCCUUCUUAUUGUACAAAGUAGUGAGAAAACUUGGAUAGUUUGCUGCGCUUCUGAGUGCUGACAGUUAGCUGGUCUUUUAGGUUUCUUGGUGUUCCUGACAGUUAGCCUGGACGAUGACCUCCCUAGUUUAUCUGCAGCUGUACAAAUUUGGUUCCAGAUGAUGAUGAUGCUAAGCUUGAGUGCGCCUGUUUCGCAAGCAUGGUCAAUUCUUGAAUCUUGACUGCUGAUUGCUGAAUCAAAGCUGGCUAGCACGUUUGUGGUGUCAUAGCAUAAGCAGUGUUUUCGAGCUGGUUAGGUAUUGUGCGCUUUGGUAUUUACUUAUGCUGGUAAUCAGGAACAUUCCAUCUGAUUCAGUUGCCAUUUCGCAUCGUGUGAUUGGUUGGAAGCACCAGCACCGCCCCAUGGCCCAACCCUUUGAUGCAAGAACCACAUGUUUGGAUUCCCAAUCUUUCGUUCUAACCGGCGAUCAACGCAAGAUUCACAUGUUAGAUUAUCGACGGCGCCGUUUGUCUGUACACACUACCUUCUAUACAAGGCUCCAUCAGUAUUAUUAAGGGUGUAUCUCUCAUUACAGUGGAUCGGGUGUUCUCUUGAUUUAGACACCGCUUGGAUGCUUAAUUCCCCUAAAUUUUUGCCAUGUGUUAGAGAAAGAUCGAGAAGGUGGGCUAAAUUGUGCUUUUUUAUUAGUGAGGCUAAUGGGAUAAGAAUGAGGAUACUUUUUCUGUGAA